UGAUUGACGAUCUUAUAGAUUGAAUUAGUUCUACUAAUUCUUUACUAGGUAUAUUCGAUAUUUCUAUAAGCCAAAAUAGCCAUCUACAUGCUGUUACAGUCGGCGUAAUGACUUCAUCAAGGAGAGACUUUGUUUUCAAACCUUUUAAGGUUAUUGAAGUAAAGUUUCGCAGUGCAGAGUGUCCCAGACCCCGAAGUGGACAUAGAAUAGCAUGCGAUGACGUAAAUAUCUACUGUUUUGGCGGUUAUAACCCUUCACUCCCUCGAACAAGUAUACAGAGAGAAAAUCCGACUUGGACACCGGAGCGACCGCUUUUUAAAGAGCUCUGGAGUUAUUCGAUAGCAACCCGCAGAUGGACGGAACAUGAAGUCGUGGAGAAUAUGCCGGAAGAGUUAGCAUCUAACGCUAUGUGUAUGAAUGGCCGAUACUUGAUGAUAUUUGGAGGUACUGGUGCACCAUUUGGUAACAAGUGUAGUAAUGAUGUGAUUGCAUGGAAGGCGAGUCCAGGUGAUGCUAAGCUGGUAGUGUUGGAAGCAACAGGUACAAAGCCACCGGGACAAUAUGGGCAGGCCAUAUUAUGUCAUGAUGGACAUUUUUAUACUAUUGGCGGCACCAACGGCUUUGCUUACAACAGUGACAUAUACAGGUUAGAUCUCCGAACAUUGGUCUGGGAGUCAGUUUUUGUAGGCACCGGAGAUGAAGAAGAGCCUAUAGGAAGGUACAGACAUGAAGUUGCUAGAGUUGAUGACAAAUUAUACAUAAUAGGGGGUGGGACAGGUGAAUGGGCCUUUGAACUUAUGGAGCUACCAGUGUUUGACCUACAAACUAGAACAUGGUCUAUGUUAACACCGAAAGCUGAUGACACCCAGGGAGUUGCUGUGGCCCCAUUACCACGAAAAUGCCACAGUGCUGUCCAGAUAGACACACCGACUGGUGUUCAAAUAUUUGUAGCAGGAGGAUCUGAUGGUAAUUCUGUGUUCGAAGAUAUAUGGAAGCUUAAUUUGUCGGAAAUGCAAUGGUAUAAAAUGCAUAAGACUGUGUUACCAAACCCUCUAUAUUUUCAUUCGUCUACAGUGACUUCACAGGGUUGCAUGUAUGUAUUCGGAGGUAUUGAGCCUAAAGAGGAUGCGGCUAGUAGAAAUAAUAUUUUGUAUAAAGUUUGGCUUUGUAUACCAAAAUUGAGUGAGAUUUGUUGGGAGGCUAUGUUACAUUUAUAUCCCACUCUAGAUUCAAUGCCUAGGGCAAGGCUACUAGACAUGGGGAUACCUGUGCACCUGGUGGAUAGGUUAUGCCCAUAGUAUUAAAUUAUUUUGCAUCCUU